CUAUAAAACAGACGUACACUUUAGUAGUAUAAACUCGUUUAAUACGACAACAUGGAUCAACAACAACCACCAAAUCCUACUCUACAAGUAGCUGCAAAAUCUUUCGAAGACUUAGUCGACACUGAAUCUGGAAAAGCAAACUCUGAUGAUAAAUUACAACCCCUGCAAGAUAACUUUGGAUAUGUACAAGAAAUGCCUCGGAAUAGAUCCAUGGCUAGUAUCCUCUUCCUAGCAGUAGCUAUUGCUGCAAUCCCUUAUGGUCUCUCUACAACAAUUAUCUACCCACUCACGAACGGUGGUCCAUCUGCAGUCAUUUGGGGAUGGGUGUUCAUGGCAUGUGUCACACAAGCGGUCGCUAUAAGUCUUGCAGAAAUCUGCUCGAGAUAUCCGGUGGCUGGUGGUGCCUAUUACUGGAGCUACAUGCUCAGUCCACCGAAGUAUGCCAGAAUUUAUAGUUAUAUUUGUGGGUGGGUAUAUCUCGUCGGCAACUGGACUGUCACUUUGGCUGUCAACUUCGGCACAACGCAAUUGUUCCUUGCCGGUCUGAACAUCCUUUACCCCGAUUUCGUAGCCAAUCAGUGGCAAACUGUUCUCACUUUUUGGGCUCUUACUAUAGUCACAACUCUAAUUAGUUGCAUACCGGGUAAAUACCUUAAAUACAUCGAUCACGGUUGUUUCGUAUGGACAGUCGCUGGUUUGAUAACCAUUCUUGUUGCACUUUCCGUCAGAGCUGAUGCAGGAAGACGCACAGCUGCUUGGGUAUUUGGUUAUUUCAAUAAUGAUGGCUCAGGGUGGCCAAAAGGUUGGUCAUUCUUUGUUGGUCUCCUUAUGGGUGGAUAUACACUCAGUUCAACAGCAAUGAUUUCCUCUAUGUGUGAAGAAGUCACAGAUCCUGAAGUUGUCGUACCAAAAGCUAUGAUAGCAAAUAUCCCAUUGUCCUUUGGUACUGGUCUUAUCUUCCUCCUUCCCCUUCUCUUCGUCAUGCCAGACAUCACGACUGUGCUUGAAUGGCCGACUGGCCAGCCGGUACCAGCUAUCUUACAACUUGCUAUGGGAUAUCCUGCUGGUGCGUUUGGAUUAUUUUUCAUCCUUUUCCUCAUUGGUAUCUUUUCUGGAAUUGGAUGCACGACCGCUGCGAGUAGAUUGACAUGGGCGUUCGCCAGAGAUAACGCCAUCCCAUUCAGCGGGAUUUUCAAAGUAGUCAAUAAGAAGCUUGAGUUACCGCUUAAUGCGAUCUUAUUCUCCACAGCUGUUCAAAUGGUUCUCGGAUGCGUCUACUUUGGCUCAUCAGCUGCCUUCAACGCCUUCUCGAGUGUGUCUGUGAUUUGCUUAGGCUGCAGUAACCUGGUUCCAAUCACUAUCUCAUUCUUUGAAGGACGUAACGCGAUCGCCGAUGCGCGCUUUAACAUGGGAAAAAUUGGCGCAUUCUGCAAUGUAGUAGCUAUCCUUUGGUUUAGUUUUGCUAUUCCACUCUUCUGUUUUCCUACUACAACACCACCUACUGUCGAUGAGAUGAACUAUUCUAGUGUCGUCUUUGCAGGUUUCGUUGCUAUUGCCGUUAUUUACUAUUACGCCCAGGGUAGGAGAACAUUCACAGGUCCACCUACUCAACAUUACAAAGAUUAACAAUCUUUACCUCUUUCAAAAUCGAUAUAGACUAUAGACUAUAGAAAUCUUCAUAGAUUUUGGAUUAUUUAGACAGCACUAUUUGGAUUUUAAUGGAUUUCAAUGGAUUUCACAAUAUACUAAUUAAAAUUAUGAUUCUGGAUUUUUAAUGCAUAUUUUAACUGUUUC